AUGUAUCGUCCAAAUCGGGACGUAGCGCUGAAAAUCAAGCUUUACAUCUUGCUAUUGUUCAUAACUAAGUUGCAGAAGAAAAUUGUGAUAAGUGUCAGCUCUUUGGUGAAGAUUUGGCGGAAUUCCAUAAGCAGAAUUAUAUAUUCGCUAAGUGGAUUACAUGAUUCAGUUGAAUUCCGUUUAGUUUUCGCAAUAUCUAAAAAAAUGUGGGGAAGCCAUUACAGGGUCCAACUGCGUUCGAAAAGCCAAAGUGUACUAAAAUGUACUAUUAUCACGAAUCUGAGUAAAAACAUAUGGAAGGACUUUCUAUACACAGUCAAGGCUCUUUCCAAGAGUCUUAUAUGCAAUUAG